AUGUCCCUCGGUCAAAAUUUGGCCUGGAUGCCCCCAGGCCACCUACGACCCCCGGACGAUCACCAUUCCGAUGCGCGCGGAGUCAAUGGGCUGACUAGAGUCUCGUCUGGCGCUCGAACGCCGCAAAUGCGCUUUUCCGCCAGCGAACAGGGCUCUCAAGCCGGAAAUCUGAUAUCCGACGCAGACGCCGCCGCGGAGGAGGAUGCUCGCAUCACCCUCUUCCGCGACCUCUACAAUCGCAGCGAAGCCAAGAUCAACGACUUGUUUAGCGUCAAGAGAAGCACAUCUGCGCCUUCUGACGAAGACGCGAUGAUUUCAGAGCCCCCGGAAAUUACUCCGGCGCGUCCCCAGGACACCGAGCAACCUGCCAAGAAACCUGCGCGGAAAAUCGACGACGACGACUAUGACGAGUAUGAUGAUGAGGAUGAGAGUGAAGCUCAGGAAGAUGCGAACGCGACCCCCUUGAAAGCGAAAUCCGCCGUAACGCCGUUUCACGAUGCGUCGCCAGCUCAACGACCCUCGUCUGCCACGGCUACUCCCGUGGAAGGUGGUAAGGAGACUAAGAAGGAAACACUAGAAGGAAUUCGGAAGAAGCUAGAAGAGGGAAAGAAAGCUACCGAAGAAGCUGCGCGCCAAAGCUUUCAGACAAUCUUCUAUACCCUCGAAAAUGACCAUGAUGCGAUGAAGGAGCAGGAACGACUUGAAGAAUCGGAAAGGCUAGUGGAAGCUGAAAUGUCGGGCCAAGGCGUCAACAACGCAGGGAACAACGCGAGUAAUGUCGCAAAUGGAUAUGGUUCACUGAGUAGUGCCAACCUAGGCGCUUCUAGCCUCACAUUGAAGAAUCUCAUUGCUCGCAUUGAUAUGAAACGUACAAUGGUACAAGCGUCCGAUGCCGAGCUUCGGAGCUUGAUGAGCGAGGUUCGUAAAAACCGGAGUAAAUGGGCAAGCGAGGAGAAAGUUGGCCAGGAAGAACUCUACGAGGCAGCUGAGAAGGUGUUGAGCGAGUUGAAGGCAAUGACUGAACACUCGUCAUUCUUUCUUUCAAGAGUUAACAAACGCGAGGCUCCCGAUUAUCAUACUAUUAUCAAACACCCUAUGGAUUUGGGUUCCAUGACGAAGAAGCUGAAGACCUUACAAUACAAAUCAAAGCAGGAGUUUGUCGACGAUUUGAACCUGAUAUGGGCCAACUGUUUGAAAUAUAACGCCCAGCCGGAACACUUCCUGCGCAAACAUGCUCUUUUUAUGAGAAAGGAGACAGAAAAGCUGGUACCGUUGAUCCCGGAUGUCGUUAUAAGAGAUCGUGCGGAAGUAGAGGCAGAGGAACGGAGACUGCAGCUUGCUGAGAUGGAUGGAGCUGAGGAGAGUGAUGAUGAGCCUAUAAUGUCGUCAAGAGGCAGAAAAGCUCCCGGGAAAAAAUCGCUGAAAGGGGCCGCUCCAAGUCGCCAGACACCUAGUGGCUCAGAAGCUCCAUCUGGCCCAUUAGGCUCCCAGACCAAAAAUUCAGUCGGACCUGAUGUUGAUGGAAUGGCCGAUGGAAGCCAGAAUGGGCUCUCAACGCCGCCAGCCGGGAUACUCACGCCGAUUGGUGCAAAUGGUGUUGGAGCAGCAGGCUCCGGCAGCCAGGUUGAUGCACUGGAGAUGGAUAGUUUUGUCGCGCCUAACCUGACAACCGGCGGCUUAUCUGCGAUAGGAAUCGAAUAUGACGACCCUGAGUAUCAGAUUUGGAAACAAGUAACCAAGAAGGACCGCGCUCUCAUCGCGGCCGAGAGACAUCGCCUUUUCAAGGGUGAUAAACUGAAUAUUGAUGAACCCGCUUUGCUUCGUACCAAGGCAGGCAUGAGACGAUGGCUGAAAAAUCAGAAACAGACCGGGCCUGAGUCUGAUAAAGCAGCUGAGUCAUUGAGCAAUGCUCGGCAGCCUGAGACCAGUGAAACGCUUGCUGAGGGCAUCGAGGAGGAAGAAGACAGAGUCAUUCCAGACUAUUACGAUGUUAUGUCGGGAAUCCCAGACAUCCCACCACAUCUUAUAUGGCGCGAGGAUGCUGAAGGCAAUGUGGUUGACAAUCUCGAAGAGUUUUUGCAUAUCUUGCCAAAAGGAUCAUUCACACAACCUGAUAGCAAACUUUCUCGGAGGAUGGAUGCCAACAUGCGACAAAUGCAAGAGACGAGGAAGAUAUGCUCUAAAGUCAGCAUUGUCAAGCAGAUGCAGCUUCAAUCUCAAGUAUACCAGAAUCAAUUUCAAAAAUACCAACCCGAACCGUUUGUUGAACAGGACGUACCGACGCAUGUCAUGAAUGAUGAAGGCCCUGUGGUGAGCCCUUGGAUCUCGAAGGCAGUACUGCAACGGUCCGUUGCAAAGAUUCUAUAUCAUACGGGGUUUGAAGAAUAUCAACCGUCAGCUUUGGAUGCAGUCACGGACAUCGCAUCGGAAUUUUUUUACAAGAUUAGCCGAACAUUAAAAGAAUACAUGGAAAGUCCAAAGGUCCCUACUGCUGACUCUUCUGAUGCCCCCAAUUCGAGUGCUACGACUUGCAAAUCCCCAUAUACGCAACAGGAGAUUAUACUUCACACUCUUUCAGCAAUGGGAAGUGACAUAGAGUCCUUGGAGUCAUACAUCAAGGACGAUAUUGAACGUGUUGGAACCAAGCUUGGUGUUAUUCAUGACCGUCUACGUGCUCAUUUCACAGAACUCCUUCGCCCUGCCUUUCACGAUACCGGUGGAGAUGGCUCUAAUGCAUUCAACGACGGCAGUGAGCAGUUUGUCGGAGGAGACUUUGCGGAAGAUAUCGAUGAAGAUUUCUUCGGAUUCAAGGAAAUGGGUUUGGAUAAAGAAUUUGGCCUUGCUAGUUUGAGUGUGCCCUUUCAUCUUCUACAAAAUAGGAUGUACAAUGCACACCAAUCACAAAACACAAAUGCAUCUCAAAUUGCCAAUACAAUCUUCCCGCCGCCUCCUCCAUAUCAGCGCGUCACGGCCCAGUCGUUGUCCUCACAAAUCGGUCUGGUACAGAGCUUCUUCCUGCAAAAACUACAGGCCAAUGGAGAAGAGCCUCUCGUUGAAGAUCUCGAGCUUCCUCCCAAACAGCGUCCGUCUCGUCCAAAACUUCCAGCAUCCGGAAAGAUAGUGCCCCCGAACAACGCAGGCAUCCACACCAGUCCCCAGAAACGACCAUUGCCAUCGAGCAUUACUGCACAGUCAUCAUUACCCGGUAAACUAGGACUCUCAUUUGGCGCUGUAGAACCCAGCAAGAAAAAGGCUAAAAAGAGUAACGGGACUACCGCUGAUGCCUCGUCUUCCACAACAACAGCCAUGGGACCUCCUCCCGGUGGUGAUUCCUUCGUUUCGUCAAUCAGCGAUUCAAAAUCCGCCAAUAAUGAUUUGGACAUGAACAACAACAAAGACUCGAAAGCUUCAGAUAUUGUCAACGGCAUAUCAGCAGACUCCAGUGCCGCGUUGACUGGCGAGCAUCAUCCUACUAAAGUCAAUGGAAUCAACACAUCGAAUAACGAAAACGCAGUCAACCAGGGGGUUACCAGUAUGAUGAGCCCAGAGAGCAUUAACGGACAUUCUUGA